AUGGUCUCUGCAAAGAACCCAGCCAUGGCUGGUGUCAAUUCCAAGGCGGAAAAGGAAGCAGACUUGGUGAUGGGGACGAACAAUAGCAGUAUCGUAUCUAAACGAAGCGUCGAGAUGUCCUACUAUCCCAAGCCGCAUUUCUUCCGGUAUUUCGUGAAGAAGCCCCAGAGGCGGUCACCUUUGAUCAAUCGUGGUUACUGGCUUCGUAUGCACGCCAUGGCAGAGACUGUACGACAAUUCAUGAGAGAGCCCUCGGAUAGACCCAAAUUUGUCUUGAAUCUUGGAUGUGGAUUGUGA